AUGAAGUUGGUAUUGAGAGUCAUUGCAACACACAUAGAUGCAACACCCACAUAUUCAACAGCCAAUAAUAUUCAACCUAUUGUAUCAACGAUUUUACCUCCAUCUACUUCUGCCAUGCGUGCUAUUGCUCUGAAGGUGGCAGAAAGGGCUUUAUUUUUAUGGAACAAUGAUCAUAUCGAGAAUCUGAUCAAACAAAAUCGUAAAGUUAAUUUGCCAAUUAUCUUCCCUACCUUAGAGAAGAAUGCAAGAAACCACUGGAAUCAGGCAGUUCAGAGCUUGACACUAAAUGUUCAGAAGAUCUUCUCUGAUGCUGAUUCCGAGCUCUUUGAGGAGUGUUUGCUUAAGUACCAAGAAGAUGAAGCUCAAGAAGAAGAAAUCAAAAUAAAGCGUGAAGCCACUUCGAAGCAGUCCAAAGAUAUUGCUGCUGUGAAAGUUUCAAGUAAUGAACCUGUGCUCGUGCCUCACAGGGUAAGCACAAGCCCAUUGUCUGGCUAG